GCGCAGGUGAUUGCCUCCUUAAGCAGAUGUUUACAAGUAAAAGGCGGUGCUGCCGGUUGGUUAUUUAUUGUUCCCUUUUCACUAUCGUCUUUCUAACACAAGCGGCAAACCUAACAAACGGAGCAAAACUCCGGAAGUAAUAAUUUCUUAAUCCAUCGGGCUUCCGUCCUAUAUAUAACUCAGUUACUCGUGCGUGCAUCUUCUAUCAACUAGUUUACUUGGUCGCUUCUCGCCGAAGAAUAGCUGUUUUGCUACUGGGACGAAGAAAUCACUCGUUGCGCUAUAGUGCUUUGGAACUGCUUCACGGAGCGCUUAGCCCUAACCCUAAGCUCCCAGUUUGCGGCCGCAUUCCCCCGUCUCUCUCUCUCUCGCAUCCGUCCUCCGGUUUAGCCUUCCUCGCGUAACUGGUACGUUGUGGCGGAUUUUGUACUACGCUUCGUGUUUCUGCCUUUGCGUUUGUGGCUUUCCUGAAUCGUUUCGCUUGGGGGAAUGCCCGCACGUUUCGUUGAUUCGUUCGUCGUGUGAUGGGUGAUCGAUGAAUUGGUUCUCUCGUUCUAAACCCUAAUCCUAUUAGCUUCUUAGGAUGAGAGGGAAACUCUUGCGGUGAUCUGUUGCUUUUGGCGGUUUGCCCUGGACGCGUUGUGCGCGAGUAGUCUGGAAUCAAUAGAUUGUUUUCUUGUAAGUCUUGGAGCUUCAGGCUGCAGACGUCGUUUGGCUAUGCUUUGUUGAAGAGCCGAUUUCUGAGUGGAUAUCAGUGCGGUAAUUGGCGUGGCUGCUGAUGGUUGAUUGAUAGAUUCGUUAAUUAUUGAGUUCUACAAUCGACUAGGUUUUGUUGUGCUCAUGGUUGUGAUUUGAGAUAUCAGAACUAAAUUUCAUUCCUGAAACAAUCUCAGCGAGAGAUACUAUGUACCCCUGGUCGGUUUUGAUUCAAGGGUGGUUCUCUUUCCUGUGUUUGCAUGUGUCCUUCUUGCUCUUUAGGACUGGAAACCUGCCACUUCCUUCUGGAUGUGUUCGAUAUGUUAUUUCGAAGAGAUUAGAAGUUCCAAUGGUUGCAUAGUGUUAGUUUCUAUACGUGACCGGGUUUCGUAUCCUUUUUUCACCCCAGAUGGCGACCAAACCACUCACUCAUGAAGAGAUUGCCAAUACAGAGAAGAAACUGGACAUGCCCUUAGAUGACAUCAUUAAAUUGUCGAAGACUUGUACAACAAAGCCAAACAAGCAACGCAGGGCUCCGAACAAAAACCAGAGGAUGUUUAACAAUUCUGUUCAAGAAAAAGCUUUGAAGGUGCAGAGGUAUAUGGCUUCUAGGCCGUUUGUUCGACAGGGGGCUUUAGCCCAGAAGAGGUCAAAUUUUCAGGGGAAUCAUUUUCCUAUAGCAAAAGAGUUUGCACAAAAGGCUGCAGUUGUUCCCCUUCGCAAUAGGCCUUUCGAGCGUAAUGUGAUGUCUAAUCCAAACAAAGCAAGGGUGAGGGAGGGAUAUUUCAUGGCAAGGAGGGGUGAAAAUGGUGCUUUCGCUGCAAAGCCACUUCAAAGGCAACAGCAGCAGGGCGAUGGGGGCAUGAAGCAGAGGCCACAGACUCUGGAUGCAAUGUUUGCUAAUAUGAAGGAGCAAAGGAUGAAGGCCUUGUUGCAGCAGAACAAUGCUGCCCGACGUAACAAUGGUGCACGGCAGAACAAUAACAAUUGGGGACAGCGUAAUCGUAACACCAGCAGAACAGGGGUUCCAUGGGCAAGGAGUCAUUUUGCUUGAGUCAGUCAAGUCCUGUUGAAGGACCUCUUACAAGUUACAACAUUGAGAGCUCCCAAUUCCAGUUUUUUUGUACAUGGUUUUCUGACUUCCUCCUCUCUCCCCUUUAGACUUCGAAUGCUGUGGGAAAUAGAUUAGCUGUUUGGUUUGUACUUCUUCUAUCGGGAGUUUUCUUAAUUUGUUUGUAAACCAUACUCUUAUGCCUCGGUUCCCUCGAUUUGUUCGAGCUGGGGAUUUGUCAAUUUAGUUCAUGUUUCUCAGAGGUUUAGGGGCCUUCUCUGAAUCGUUGCUACAGGUUCAGCUGCUACGUCUUCCUUUGCAAUUCAGCUGCGCGAUUUUUGCAUACGCUGGCAUGUCUCUUGUUUCCCGUGUAUAUGUGUCUAUCAGUCUGAUACGGAGUUGACCACGAGUUAUUUUUAAUAUUAAUCCAGGGUUAGUGGUUUGUUAUUUUAAUGCAAAUGAUGGCAGUUAUGUGUCGGUGGCUAUUUUUAUUUUUAUCUUUUCCGGAGGAAGGAGGGGGAGCUUUAGAAGGCAGGAAAAUGGGAUGGGUUUUCUCCUGAUCUCAAUUUUUGUAAAAAAUAAACAAUAAUUAAGGGUGAUUUCGCAUAACAAAAAGAUUAAAUUGAUACCACAUGUUAGAUUGAUUAAUGGUAAUUCAAGUGAGUAAAAAUUUAACGAUUUAAUUAUUAUAUUGUAUAUCAAAAGAUUUUACUAUUAUUUUCUGUGAAUAAAAUAGGUUUGUCUAUUGAUUUGUUUUAGGCUUUUAGCAUAAGAAUUUCAACCACAACAUUGCUUUCAGCUUGGAGGUAUGCAAGAUUAGUAAGAGUACAAAUCAUCACCUCUUCCAUCUCUAUAACUAGAUAGAGGUUGGAAGGAAGAAGGAAUUGGGGGAUGGAUGGGAGCGGAGAACAAUAAAAAAGCAAGGAGAUUAAUUUUCUCUCCAAAUUAGUAAUAUUGAGCAUUUUUUGAAUUAUAUAUUUUCUCACCAAAAAAAAUAUAUAAUUGAUAGCGAGUGACACCCCUUAAAUUUGAAAAAAUAAUUAUCCUACUGUCAUUUGUGUAUAGGAAUAUAAGUGGUAGGCUGGAUAAUUUAAAUCUAAAACACUAUUAUUAUUAAUUAACUUAAUUUUCGUUGAGCUAAACUCAUUUAUUGUUCGAUUUUGAACAAUGUGUAAUAGUAAAAUGGCAUUCCCUAUCUCUUAAUAUUUUAAAAACCUAACAAUUAAACUAAUUUCAAACUACCAUUAAUUUGUAUUGAUUUUAUGAUUGUACGGCAAAUGUUGAAAGAGUCUUUCAACUUUGAGUUACAUCAAGAACAAAUUUACAAAUCGAAU